AGUUUCGAUAAAUCUUAUGAAUUUAAUAAACAAUUCUAAUUUAAUUUAUUUUUAAUAAAAUAUAACUGGUAAUUGUGAUAAAUUUAUAUUCGUUGUGUUCACACCACAAAAUACGGAGACUAUUUAGUCAAAAACCUUGAUAAUUAAUUAAAAGCAGAUAUAUCGCGACAUUUUUUAAAAACAUAAUUAUUUAGUGAGAAUUAUCAAUUACUUUUUUUAGAGGAUUAGUUUACAGUGCACCCCGCUGAUGGAUUAGUUACUAAGCCAUGACGACAGACAAAUUGGCACGGUAGGCGUAGCCCAGAUGUUUAAUCACAAGUUGCCGACAGACUUUCCAAUGCAAACGCUACGAAAGAAAACCAGCCCGUGCAAAUAUAAGAAUGAUCCGGGCCGAUUUCUGGGCGAGGGGGUGUCGUUUCGGGCCAAGUUGAUAGGAGUGCUGGAGGUGCCGGAGGCGCGGGGCGACAGGAUGUGCCAGGAGGCGCUCUCCGACCUGAAGAUGGCGAUCCGAGCGGCCGGGGAGCACAAGCAACGGAUCCAGGUCCACGUGGCCAUCGACGGACUGCGCUUAAGGGAUGAUAAAACCGGGGAUUCCUUAUACCACCAUCCGGUGCACAAGAUAUCGUUCAUAGCGCAGGACAUGAUCGACUCCCGAGCAUUCGGCUAUAUAUUCGGCUCCCCGGAUACGGGACACCGAUUCUUCGGUAUUAAGACUGAUAAAGCUGCUAGUCAGGUAGUUAUAGCAAUGAGGGACCUAUUUCAAGUUGUGUUCGAGCUGAAGAAGAAAGAGAUAGAGAUGGCGAAGCAACAGCUGGAGGGGAAGACACUCACAAGCAGCCUGCUGAGGCACCCGCCCUCCACGAUAAUAGAAACUAAAUCUAAGAGUGUCACUGCUGGAGAGAGUUCGCUGAGCAAACCUGGCGAUGGCGAAGGCGUGGUGGAACUGGUGGACCUGGAGCAGGAGCUGUGCUCGCUGCGGCGUGGGCUCACCCAGGUCGAGGGACUCACGCCCUCCGACCCGUUCGGUGACUCCUUUACCACUCCACUAUCGAAAGGACUUUUACCACCUCCGCCGGGCACUAUUCGAGCGGGGCGAAGCCCUAACCGGACCUCAUCUAGUCCCAGCAAGCCUUCUCUACCGUUCGAUCUCACUUCGGUCGCGUCGGACUUCGAAGCCCAACCCGCCACUGUUGAAACCAACACUAACUCCGAAGCGACGGUGGGUUCGCAGAAUGCGACGAGCGCCGUCAGCGCCAUCUACGACGUAUUCACAGAACUAGAUCCCCUCGGCACCGGCCGGAGUAAACCUUACGUUGACAAAAAACUAUUCUUUCAGGAGCUCAAAAACCCACCCAAGAAAGUACUCAAAGAUCUCGUUCCGAACCCCGUCACUGAGCCACCCGGCCCGACCGAGAGUGUCGACAGUUACGGUCCCACCACUACUAUGACGUCACUGACCCGACACUCCGGCGGGUCGGUCUCGAUCGCUAAAUCUAGUCAGAGCACCGCGCCCUUCGCGGGCUUUUUCACGUCCGAUCCGUUCGCGGAAACAGACCCCUUCGACAAUACCGAUCCCUUCUCGGACACCUUCAAGGACGACCCGUUUACGAGCAUGCAGGAGUAUCCGAAAUCCAGUUUCUUGAGGAGCGACGAUCUCAAAGCCAGGAUUCAAGAGAAGUCUACGACUGACCUUCAGGAAUUGAAGCUUGACAGUGGGAAGAAUGUGUUCAAUGGGCCGCUGCAAGUGUCACUACCGCCGGAGCCAGUGCCCAAGUCGCCGAGGCUACAAAGACAGUUGACGGACACGAACACAAUCCGACAACGACCGCUGCCCAUCAGCAAGCUUCAGCCAGACAACGCGUCCCCGCCGCCCCCUCUGCCUCCCAAGAAGGUGGGGGACAUGGGGCUGCCCCCACCGCGGCCCCCGCAUGACACGGACACCGAGGACCCAGAGAUGGGGCCGCCUCUGCCGAAACCAGUGCGAAAGAAAGAGCCAUUGUUGGACCGGAGUAUAAAGCCACGCAUGUCGUCCAUCACCACCACAAGCAGCGAGGAGGAGUACCUGGCGCCCGCUCCGCCGCCGCUGCCCGCUGCCAGGCGCUUCGACAUCACGCUCUCCCAGCUCCUGACUCUCACUACAGACCAGCUCGCCUCCAGGUUGCGCGUACCAACAAGCACUCUGUCAUCUAUGACGUUACCACAGCUCACGGAGUACCUCAGGUCGUACCUGUCUGCCGACGUCGAGAGAUCACACAUACACGUCGAACCGAAAGUACAGAAAAACCUAGAGAAAUACUCGUCACUCUCGGUAAAUUCAGUGAGAGAAAAUACGGAUAAAGUUGAAAAACCGGCGCCCCAAACAGCCGAAGUCAAGUCACAGUUCGAAGAUAAUUUUGCACCUUCGGAUUCCGCCGAAACUUUUGUUGCCAAUUUCGACGAUUUCGACAAGAAGGUAAACUCCACAUACGAUAAAUACGCCGCAUUUAGAGAAAUACAGGAACAGGAAUUGAAAGCUAAAUCUAUUUUAGAUCCAACAGAAACUGAACCUGCAGAAGUUAUUACAGAUGAGUUGAUUAAGACUGAUGAGAAAUACGCGAAAGAGAGUGACAAAAGUCCUUUGAAAUCGUUAGAUGAACUUACUUUAGAUACCUUUAACAUGUUCAGAAACUCCACGAGUCCGAAGCCAGUUGAAGAGAAAAUCGAAGACAUAAAGACUGUUAUGAAAAAUUUGCAAAUAGAGAAGUCUAGACGAAGUGUGUCGCCUAAGGAUAAUGGAUUAGAAAAACACGACGAAACUGACAGAUAUGCAGCUCUGAGGGAAAUAACAAUAACAGAACCACAAGAUGAAUUUGAAUCAUUACCAGAAGUGCCGAAGGAGAGAAAGAAAUCUGACGAGAAAUCCGACGGAUUUGACAAUUCGGAUUUCUUCGAUUGUAUAGACAGUAGUCUGACGUUCACGCAUGUAGAGGACGCGUUCAGAAAGAGCCCGUUGGUGAAAGAGAGGGAAGAAAAGAAAAUGGAGGUGAAAAAAGAAACAGUGGUUGAGGUUAUACCAGCUAGCUUACAGCCGCCGGCGAGGUUAUCAGCGGGUUCUAUCAGUGAUGUUGCCAGUGGGUCUUCACCUGAUGCUAAAGAUCGUUGCGGUGCAGUGGCGGGUGGAGGAAGCGUCACGGCCGGGGGGCUGCGUCGUCUCAACUGGACCGAGGGCUGGUCCUCCGACUCGCGGGACUCCGAGCCCAGGAGUAGGAGACGAAGGCCGCCCAGAGGACAUACAGUGGAGACAUCUUCGUCAUCCCGUGAUGCGUCGCCAUGGGAGGAGGAACCACCACGACACGGCGUGCGACGCGACAGGGACUCUAGGCAAAACUCGUCGGGUUCACGAGAAUGCCUCGACUCUGGCAGCGGGAGGGAGAAAGAUAAGAGAGAGAAACGAGAGCCGAGCAGAGAGAGGGAGAGGCGUGAAGUAAGCAGAGAGAGGAGGCAUGACGUGAGCAGAGAACGUGCGUAUGGGCGGGAGUACCGGCGGGACCGGGGGAAAGAGUACAGGGAGAUUGAGAGGAGGAGAGGGCGCCACUUGUAUGAUGAUGAUGAUUACAGUGACGGCUGCGGGUCGGGGCGAUCGUCUCCGAGAGAGCAGCGCUGGUCUGAAAGCCGGUGGAGGAGAGACGACAGGAACUAUGGGUCUCUGGGCUGGCGCGAGACUAGAAGAAGACAUGAGAUAAGACAGACUGAAGAUAGUGACAGAAGAUAUGGUUCAACGUUGAAUUGGCCAAGAAGAGCCGGCUCGCGUCAUUUAGAGCGAGACCUCCGAGACUCUCGCGAGCAGCAUCGAGACUCCGGUCGAGAUUCGCGCGAACACCGGGACUCUGGUCGAGACUCACGCGAGCCCAGAGACUCGGGCAGAGAUUCCGGCAGAGAGUCUCGCGACCCGAGAGACUCGGGCCGGGACUCUGGGAGGGAUUCCCGCGACCCGAGAGAUUCCGGCCGAGACUCGGGGCGGGACAAUAAAGACAGGAGAAGACGGAGGGAGCCGACUCGGAGAGACUACAGGUUCUCCAACGACUUCUCGCCGAGGGAGAAGGAGCAUUCGCCCUUUGAUAAUGAUUACCAGGAAACGCCAGCCGUCGCUAAGAAACGGGCGCCUUAUUCCAGUUUAGAGGGGACCAGGUUCGCAUUUGAAGAAGACACGACAGCAUCCCCGUUGUCGAGCAGCUCGGUCCGACGCGACGGCGACUCGCCCGCGACCCGCUUCCGGUUCGACUCCGACACGAUGUCGCCCCGCUCUCUGUUCGAAGACGACUUCAUCCACACGCACCCGCCCCGCCCGCGAACCGCGUCUAUCGCCGAAGAAGAGGAGGGAGACAUCCCCCCCCUCAGAACCAAACCCCCCGUCCAUAAGGACAUUAAGAAGUCCGACUCUGUGAAUAUAUUCACGCGCGAGUCCGAUCCGUUCGAGAAUGAUUCGUUCUUCGCUUGCACCGGCACAGACAGAGUUGCGAAGCGCGAGAACUGGCCCGGUGACUUUGUCGCUUUUGAAGAUAUAUAACGAUUUUAUAUCUAGGUGGCGCGCGCAUCGCCGACCAACCUAAACCUGUUUCCCAAUUGUAGACUGAAAAAAAAAUAAAAGAAAUUUCUUUAUCUGAAUUUAUAUAAAAAAGUUAUUUAUGUUCUUUGUUUAAAUAGAGAAAAAAUAAAAAGAUUGCCACAUCACUACUUCUGAGUCAUAUCGAUAAGUACCUACCACUGCACUAUCCGUAUGUCACUAGCGCACCGACAUAAUUGACAUUUUACAUGUCAAACAACUUGUUUGACAAGCCGAUGACCUGUCAAGUAUGCAAUGUAAUAUAAAAAAAAAUACGUUUAUUGCUGAUGUUACUUUCAUUGGAUUUUUUUGGAACAAAAAAUAACGCUUUUAUUGCCUUACCUUGACAUGUGUGUGUAAAUAAUUUGAUACAAAAAAGAAAUUAUAUUCUCAGUAGGUAUAGUUUUAAGAUUUUAAUAUUGUAAUCACAAUGUUUAAGCUUAUUUUGUUCUCUGUGAUAUAUUAUGAUAGUUUACAAAUUCAUGGAAACGUUUAUAAAAUAAUAAUUUGCCCAAUAUAUUAUAAUAUCACGUCAAAAAAAAAUAGUGGCUGUGUUAGCCUCUAAUUUCAGUAACAAAAUGUGUACACGCGAGUGUAAGACGUAGCUGUCAUGCACACUGCACUAAAAAUAGAGGCUAACUGUUAGCCUCUAUUUUCAGUAAUAGUGUGUACACGCGAGUGUAAGAGGCUAACCGUUAGCCCCUAUUUUCAGUAACAAAGUGUGUACACGCGAGUGUAAGACGUAGCUGUCAUGCACACUGCACUGAAAAUAGAGGCUAACUUUUAGCCUCUAUUUUCAGUAACAAAGUGUGUACACGCGAGUGUAAGACGUAGCUGUCAUGCACACUGCACUGAAAAUAGAGGCUAACUGUUAGCCUCUAUUUUCAGUAACAAAGUGUGUACACGCGAGUGUAAGACGUAGCUGUCAUUCACACUGCAC